GAUUUGGGUCGCUCCCACCGGAGGACACCGACCGUCUACCGAGUCCAGCCUUUACCGAGGUGCUUCACUACAGGAGACGGCGCACACCGGGACGGGAGACGCAUGAGGGUUUCGUCCCAGGUGCUGGACUGACAACUCGGGAUCUGUCCUCCUCCUGCCUGUGUCGGUGAGGAGAGGAAAGAGGAGAGAGGAGAGAGAGAGAGAGAGGGGGGAUCAUCAGUGCUGGAGCGACCAGCCGCCUUUUCUUCUAUCGGAGCUGCGGUAAAAAGUCGUUCACGAUGCCGGUGUUUCACACCAAGACCAUCGAGAGUAUCCUGGAGCCGGUGGCCCAGCAGAUCUCCCACCUGGUCAUCAUGCAUGAGGAGGGGGAGGUGGACGGUAAAGCCAUCCCGGAUCUGACGGUGCCGGUGGCCGCGGUGCAGGCGGCUGUCAGCAACCUUGUGCGGGUGGGGAAGGAGACAGUUCAAACCACGGAGGACCAGGUGAUGAAGAGAGACAUGCCCCCUGCGUUCAUUAAGGUGGAGAACUCGAGCUCUAAGCUCGUCCAGGCGGCUCAGAUGCUAAAGGCAGAUCCAUACUCUGUUCCUGCACGAGAUUAUCUGAUCGAUGGAUCUAGAGGGAUACUGUCUGGAACGUCCGACCUGCUCCUUACCUUUGAUGAGGCAGAGGUGCGUAAGAUAAUUCGUGUAUGUAAAGGUAUCCUAGAGUAUCUGGCAGUAGCUGAGGUGGUGGAGACCAUGGAGGACCUCAUCACUUACACCAAGAACCUGGGACCAGGGAUGACCAAAAUGUCAAAGAUGAUUGAGGAGAGGCAGCAGGAACUUACGCACCAAGAACACAGGCAGAUGCUCGUCAACUCCAUGAACACUGUCAAAGAGCUGCUGCCUGUUCUUAUAUCAGCUAUAAAGAUUUUUGUGGCCACCAAGAGCAGUCGAGGUGCCGGCGUCGAGGAGGCAGAGAGGAACAGAAGGUUUACCUUUGAAAAGAUGAGCGCUGAAAUCAACGAGAUCAUAAGAGUCUUACAGCUCACCACGUGGGAUGAAGACGCCUGGGCCAAUAAGCAGGAUAUGGAGGCUUUGAAGAGAUCUCUGGCUUUGAUUGAGUCAAAGAUGGCACAAGCUAAAACCUGGCUCAAAGACCCCCAUGGACAACCAGGAGACCCUGGCGAGGUUGCCCUGCGUGUGAUACUGGAUGAAGCUGGUAAGGUGGGUGAGCUGUGUGCUGGGAAGGAGAGGAAAGAUAUACUGGCAACCACUAAGGCUCUGGGGCAAAUGACUGACCAAAUCGCAGAUCUACGAGCCAGAGGCCAGGGCCCGACCCCAGGGUGUGUGCAGCGUGCAGGCCAGUGCUCACAGGGCUUAGACUUGUUAUUUGGCAAAGUGGACAGUGCUGCUCGCAGACUGGAGGCUCUAAUCAAUGCCAAGCAGGCCAUUGCCAGAAGGCUGGAUGCUGCACAGGCCUGGCUGGCUGAUCCUAACGGCGGCCCUGAGGGGGAGGAGAACAUCAGAGCACUACUAGCAGAGGCCAAACGUAUUGCCGAUCUAUGUGAAGACCCCAAAGAGAGGGACGACAUCCUUCGCUCCAUCAGUGAGAUCGCAGGCCUCACUGCCAGACUUGUGGAGCUGCGCAAACAGGGUAAAGGUGACAGCCCGGAGGCCCGUGCAUUGGCAAAGCAGAUUGGGGCAGCCCUGUUGACCCUGCAGUCUAAAACCAACCGGGCCGUGGCCAACAUGAGACCAGCCAAACCCGCCGUCACCUUGGAGGGCAAGAUGGAGCAGGCCCUCCGCUGGGUGAACAACCCCGGAGUGGACGACAGAGGAGUAGGUCAGGCAGCAAUCAGAGGAAUGGUUGGAGAAGGGAAGAGGCUGGCAGGAGGUCUGUUAGGCCCGUAUCGACAGGAUAUGCUUGGACGCUGCGACCGAACAGAGGCUCUAAUGACAGCUUUGGCAGACAUUGCUGCCAGGGGUGAGGCAGAAGCCCCUCAUGCACGAGCUACAGCCGCACAACUGCAGGACAGCCUCAAGGACCUCAGAAAGCACAUGCAGGAGGUGAUGACUCAGGAAGUGUCUGAUGUUUUCAGUGACACCACCACCCCUAUCAAACUGCUGGCUGUGGCUGCAACUGCUCCCCCCGAUGCCCCCAACAGGGAGGAAGUGUUUGAUGAACGUGCAGGAAACUUCGAGGCCCACUCAGGUCGGCUGGGGGCGACCGCAGAGAAGGCUGCUGCGGUGGGAACAGCCAAUAAGAGCACAGUAGAGGGCAUACAUGCUGCUGUGAAACACUCCAGGGAGCUCACACCACAGGUGACCUCUGCUGCUCGGAUCUUGUUGAAGAAUCCUGGAAAUAAAGCAGCCUACGAGCACUUUGACACCAUGAAAAACCAGUGGAUUGACAAUGUGGAGAAACUCACUAGUCUAGUGGAUGAGGCCAUCGACACAAAAUCUCUGUUAGAUGCUUCUGAGGAGGCUAUAAAGAAAGACAUCGACAAGUGCCGAGUUGCCAUGGCGAAUGUUCAGCCCCAAAUGCUUGUUGCCGGGGCAACAAGCAUAGCAAGACGGGCUAAUCGGGUCCUUUUAGUGGCUAAGAGGGAAGUGGAAAACUCUGAAGAUCCGCGGUUCAGAGACACAGUGAAACACGCUUCAGACAUCCUCUCUCACACCAUCUCGCCCAUGGUGAUGGAUGCUAAGGCAGUGGCUGGGAACAUACAGGAUAAAGCUCUGCAGAAGGCCUAUUUGGACUCGUGUCUGAGGAUCCUGGCUGCAGUUGGAAAAGUAAGAGAAGCCUUCCAACCUCAGGAGCCCGACUUCCCUCCUCCACCACCUGACCUGGACCAGCUCCAUGUUAGUGAUGAGCAGGCGCCACCCAAGCCCCCCUUGCCAGAGGGCGAGGUGCCCCCGCCUCGACCUCCUCCUCCAGAGGAGAAGGAUGAGGAGUUCCCAGAGCAGAAGGCUGGAGAGGUGCUCAGCGAGCCCAUGAUGGUGGCCGCCAGGCAGCUGCACGAUGAGGCACGCAAGUGGUCCAGCAAGGGUAACGACAUCAUUGCAGCAGCCAAGCGGAUGGCUCUGCUAAUGGCAGAAAUGUCCAGGCUGGUGCGUGGUGGAAGCGGGAACAAACGAGCGCUGAUUCAAUGCGCAAAGGACAUCGCCAAGGCCUCGGAUGAGGUGACGAGACUGGCCAAAGAAGUGGCCAAGCAGUGCACUGACAGACGCAUCAGAACUAAUCUGCUACAGGUGUGUGAACGAAUCCCCACCAUCAGUACUCAGCUGAAGAUCCUCUCUACUGUCAAAGCCACCAUGCUGGGACGAACAAACAUUAGUGAAGAGGAGUCAGAACAGGCCACAGAGAUGUUGGUCCAUAACGCCCAGAAUCUGAUGCAGUCGGUGAAGGAGACAGUCAGAGAAGCAGAAGCAGCCUCCAUCAAGAUCCGCACAGAUGCCGGAUUCACCCUUCGCUGGGUGCGCAAGACCCCCUGGUACCAAUAAACAAACCCAGUCACCGAAAACUAGUAACACUCUUGACUUGGCACCGAUAGCACACGCCGCGAGUAAAAGUAGCAGCGUGCAUACUCAUCGUGAGUAAACGUGUGCACUUCCUCAAGGAGCAAACUGCAGGUGAUUUCAAUCCAUCCUCCGCUGUAGUUUGGGUGUGUCUACCAAGGAAGCAUUAGAUAAGCAGGUUUCAUUUAUCAGACUGAGUUCAGCUUUGCUCUCCAGUUCCCUUUAUCUGUAUCUGUGGAAUCACGCAGGCUAAUCGGAGACAGUUUUCAAUAUAUAUUUUUGGUAUGUUGUGUUACAAGAGUUUAUCCAAAUCCCAGGUAUAUAUUUUUUGCAUGGAAAUAUUUUCUAUUUUCUAAAGGUAAAUGACGACAAUAAUAUACUUAUCUCGUAGAAGACAUUUACUUUUAAUUCAGUUUCUUAUUGUCUAUUGUAUAUAUAGUAAUUAUUUGUUUUAUGGACAACACUCAGCAAUGAGCUUUAUACACCAAGUUUGACACUAAAUUAUGGAGUCUUGUGUGGGCUGACGAGCUCUCCUCUCUUCAUGUUUACUUUUAGUAAUAACGCUGUUCUUAACUGAAGAUCUAUGAAUUCACAGGUGAUUCAUCGAUACUUGAAGAACUGAAAGGUCUUCUGGAUUAAAAGCGUUAAGACUUAUAGGCGAAUGAUACACUUUUAAAAGUGAUUGUAUAAUUUAAAAAAAAAUGUAUGGUUGUCAAUAAAGUUUUUUUUGUAGAUUGCAGGAGGGCUUAAUAGAGGUUUUCACUCGACUGUUGGCAGUAAGAGCGACAGUACGGUAAAACUAGCUGAUGUGUUUUUAACGUGUGUUUUGAGUUCUUUGUUUGAACUUUAUUUACCUUUCACAGUGAACAAUGCCAAAGGAUUUGUUUUACAUUACUGUAAGCUACAUAAAGUUUUUUCUUUUUUUAAGCACUUAAAAUUCAGGUUACAACAAGACAGAUGUUUUUUCUUUAGAGACCCGGAAAUACUUUUUAAGGUCUUAUUUUAUUGAGCAAAAAAAGAGAGAAAGUUUUCUCCUCUUUGCUUUUUUUUCUUGCUUUCUUUUUUUUUUUUUUACUAAUCGUGGUGCUUUGUUUCUGCACUAUCUCUGUAACAGUUGAACUGUUUGGAUUUUUCUUUUCAAAAUUGAUCAAAACAAUGACUUUUAGACAGCCAUUCAACAUCCUGUUUUCAUUCUCCAUGUGUGAGCUCAGUGGUCCCACUCUGAAUGCUCGGACACAUCAUUUUAACUCAGAUUUUCUAUACGACCCCGGUGGUUUGAGAACUAAAACAACCUUUUUAUGUGAUAUCAGGCAUUGAUGCCAGUCUGGCAGGAAUAGUUUUUUAGGUUUAAAUAAAUAAAUAAAAAGUUUAUGGACUAUUGUGUUUACGGAGGAGUGUUUUUGUCUGGAAUAACUACACAGCAGUUUAAGGAAUCAUGAUUGGUAACUCAAUAUCACUCGUAAUCAGAUCAGUGAAUGCACAUUUUCAUUCCCUAAACAGUAUUUUAUCAACUUUUACUACGUAUUUUUACAAUGGCUGGGCAAAUUUAACUGUUAAAUGGAGUAUGUGUGUGUGUAUGUGUGAAGCUUCUUCACUUGAACAGUAUUAGUGAGCCGUUCCCAUGAUGGUUAGAGGAAAGAGCUCUAAACAGCAACACAGAACGUUAACUGCAUUUUCAUCUUUAUUUGGGCCUACUGAGCAUGUAGCAGCCACUGACCCCUCACUGAGAGUCACAGGGUGUACUUCUGUGUGUACUUGAUGUGUUCAUUCACACCCUGAAUGUAUUCUGAUAGCUUCUAGCCCUGCCAACACAUCUGCUGUGCCUUGGAAGAAUAAAAGACUAUAAUGAUGACUGGA